AUGUGCUGCUGCGAUGAGGACGUCAUUGCCCUCAUCUGUGUGGGCGUUCCGAUGAUUGUUUAUGCUCUGAUUGUAGGGUUUCCGGGGAGAAAUCCUAAAACAAUUGGAGAAACGCUGAAAACGUGUUUCGAUAGUAAUGGUAGUAAGGGAAACAGUAAUGGGAAAAAUCCCAUACAGUGUCUUACUGAUAAAAAUGAGGGCAAGCUCUUCCUCUUCAUAAUGAUUGUGGCCGUGAUCUGCAUCAUCUACAGCAUCGUCGUCCAGAUCCUCAAGUGCGUCCUCUGCUGCUGCAGCUGCUGCUGCUGCGGGUGCUGCGGGUGCCUCGACUGCUUCCUCAAGUACGCGUUCCGCAUCGGGGUCGGGGUCGGGUACCCCUCGCUCGCGGACUUCCUCACGUACCUGAUCACCUCCGUGCUGGCGAAGAACGGGAACAAUGGUAACGAUAAGUCGUUCAGCAACACCGUGGGCGGCUACAGCGGGCUGUCGAUGGUCUCCCUCGCGGCCGGCUGGGCCUUCACCGUGGUCAUCGGCUCGUUCUUCAUCCACAAGGACAGCUGCGGGCUGAAGUUCCUCGGGCUCAUUCUGGGCUGCAUCGUCGCCUUCGUCGUCAUCGCGGCCAUCGUCCCGGCGGGCCCCCGCGGCCUUCUUGAGGGCCCCUCCAACAAGUGGGCGGGCGUGGUCCUCGGGCUCGUCGAUGUGGUAGUCUUCACAGCCAUGUACGCCGCGGCGCUCUGCUGCCUGGGCGGCGGGUGCUGCAAGUAA